AUGCGGUGGUGUUUGGCUUUCUUUCUCGGCUGCUUGUUGGCUGCGGUAAAUGCGCUGAGCAGCUCCGGCAGCCGCCUGUUGGUGGUCCUGGAAGACACCGCCGAGAAGAGCCUCUACUCGACCCUGUGGGCCGACCUAGAAGGUCGCGGCUAUGAUCUGUCCUUCGAAUCGCCCAAGAGCGACGACCUCUCCCUGUUCCAACAUGGCGAGAGAGCUUAUGACCACCUCCUCAUCCUCCCUCCCAAGUCGAAAGGCCUCGGCCCCGCGUUGACCCCGAAGAACAUCCUCGAGUUCCUCAACACCGACGGCAACAUCCUUCUCGCCCUCUCGGGCAAGUCCUCCACAUCCAGCGCCAUCAAUUCGCUGCUAUUGGAAGCCGACAUCCACCUGUCGCCGGACCGCUCCGCCGUCGUCGUCGACCACUUCAACUACGAUACCAUCUCCGCCGCCGAGAAGCACGAUGUCCUACUGCUCCCUCGUCCGGGACCUCCGCGUCCGGACAUCAAGCCCUUCUUCGAUGGCGAGGGCAUCCUGGCUCUCCCCCGCGUCGCACCUCAGACUCUGGGCACUGACAGUGUCCUCGUUGCGCCGGUGCUUCAUGCCCCGGCAACCGCCUACAGCUAUAACCCCAAGGAGGAGAUUCCGGCCGCGGAGGAUAUCCAGGCGACCGGCUCGCAGCUGAACGCUGUGUCCGUCAUGCAAGCCCGCAACUCGGCGCGCUUCGCCGUCCUGGGUUCCGUGGAGGCGCUGGAGGACAAGUGGUUCUCGGCUACCGUUAAGGCACCCGGUGGAAAGAAGACCUCCACGGUCAACCGCGACUUCGCGAAGCAGUUGACCGCCUGGACUUUCAAGGAAACCGGUGUCCUCAAGGUUGGAGCCAUUGAGCACCACCUCGCUACGAAGGAGGGUGAGGCUCCCGCGGAGCUGAACCCCAAGAUCUACCGGAUCAAGAACGAAACUUUCUUCAGCAUAGAACUCUCAGAAUACGUCUACGACAAAUGGGUUCCCUUCGAAAUCCCCCCUGCCGACGACCUGCAGCUAGAGUUCACCAUGCUAUCGCCCUUCCACCGGCUCUCCCUGCAGCCGACGCGCCGUACCGAGACGAGCACGGUAUUCAGCACGCAGUUCGUCACGCCAGACCAGCACGGCAUCUUCUCCUUCCGCGUCAACUACAAGCGGCCCUUCCUGACCAACGUCGAGGAGAAGCACGAGGUCACGGUGCGCCACUUCGCCCACGACGAGUACCCGCGCAGCUGGGCUAUCAGCGGUGGCUGGGUGUGGAUUGCGGGUCUGUGGUCGGUUAUUGGAGGAUUCUUGGUCUUUGUCAUUGUUUGGCUCUACUCUGAGCCUGCGUCUAAGGGGGCGCAGCUUAAGAAGACGCAGUAG